AUGAAUCAAAUAUCAUUCGUUCUUCAGUCAAACAUGAAAGAGUCACUCAAAAUGAUUAAAUUAUUUAAAGAAGAAGGUAAAACCAUAACAGCAUGGGACGUACUAUUAAAUCAAUUGUCUUCAUUAACCGUUAAGGGUGUUUGCUUUAAAUCUGAUUCCCCAGAUGUUUUCUCAACGUUUCAGGGUUAUAAAUACAACAUUCUCGAAAAGCUUGAUUACUCAAAAAUUGAGAUGUUUAUGAAUUUCAUUAAAGAAGCCAUUUGUGAUAAUAACGAUGAAGUGUAUAAAUACCUUCUCAGCUGGAUUGCAUCAAUGAUUCAACAUCCUGGAAUCAAGAAUGAAACAGCAAUUAUUUUGAAAGGACUUCAGGGAACAGGUAAAAACAGAUUUACAGACAUUAUUUCUGAACUUCUCGCUGGUUAUUCAUGUAAAAACAUUACUGAAAUAAGUGCGCUAACGGGUAAUUUCAAUUCAGUAGUUGAGAGUAAAAUGUUUCUUGUACUUAAUGAACUCAAGAAUGUAGGUGAAGACAGACUCGCAAACUUCAACGCUUUGAAAUCAAUUAUUACGGAUAAUGAGAUUAGAAUUAAUGAAAAGAAUCAACCCAGAAGAACUGCUCAGAACGUUGCAAACUUCAUUUUCGUAACUAAUAACGUUUACCCUGUCAAAAUUGAAGUUGGAGACAGAAGAUACGUAGUUUUAAGAGUUAAUGGUAAAUUCAAGGGUCAAUUUGAUUACUUCAAGAAUUUGAUGAAUUCAUGCACUAAGGAAUUUUAUGAUAAUUUACUGACGUAUUUUAUGCAAUAUGACCUUUCAUCAUUUAAUGUACGAAUCAUACCGAUGACUGAAGCCAAACAAGAUUUAAUAGAAUUAUCAACAAAUCCUUUAGAUGUAUGGAUAAAUACACAUUAUGAUGAAUUGUGUGCAGGUAUGACGUGUGAAAAUGCUCUAUUCUGCAAACCAUCAGACAUGAAAGACAAGAAUUUCCAAAUGAGUAUUAAGGAUAAAUGUGAUAGGAAACAUAGAAGAAUAGACGGUAAACAAACAUGGUGUUAUGUUUUGAAAGAAGAAAUGAAAGGAUUAUAUAAACAGGUUGAACCAAACGAUAAUGAGGAUUCAUUUACUGAUGAUGAAAUACCUGUAAAUGAGGCAGUAUAA